UAUAUCACUGUUGUUUCGACGGUUGCAGUGCGAGGUUCAAGAUUGUUAAAAGUACGGUAAUCGGUGAAUUGACACUAACGACUUGACCCGAGAUUAGUAUGCUGUACAAAACUUAACGCCAGACGUACUAUUAUCAAUUCAUUAAUGUGUUUGCUUUGGGCGUCCCUUGCUGUUUUGUGGACCCUCUUCACAAAGAAAAUUAAUUUUCGACCCACGUUAUCAGCUAGAUUCACUACAAAUUUGCACUUGUUGCUCGAUAAACGAUAAGGACAACGAAGACAACACGACCAAAACACGCCUUCAAAGCACCGGCAGCAUAAAGCAGCAGUUAUAAGGUCAAGUCGCACACGAUCAAUUCGGUGAAGUUUGGUAGCUGGGAAAUUAAGAUGAAGUUUGAUGAGGUGUUGGAGAUUUUGGGCGGGUUCGGGAGGUACCAGUGGUACGCCUUUUUCUUCCUCAACCUCGUCAACUUCUUGGGUGCUUUCACUACGCUGCAACACGCUUUCUACGCCGGCGAGAGCGAUCACUGGUGCAAGACGUUCGAGCCGAUCAACUGCACCGCGUUCGGCUACAAAACUGCCGAGAAUUGCACGGCGGCUGUUAAGGCGGUCGCCAUCCCUCCAAGUGAUCGCUACCCGGACCCGGACAAAUAUUUCUACGAGAACUGCCUGCAGUGGGACUUGCCAGAAGACCUGAAAUUCAGCCCGGAUAUCAAUCAUACCCACUACGAUGCCGCCAAGGUGCCCUGCAAGAAGGGAUGGGAGUUCGACCAUUCACAGUUUCGGACCACCAUUAUCGAGGAUUGGCAGCUUGUCUGUAACGAUGCGGGCGAGACUAAUAUCAUGACGGCAGUCUUCUUUGGCGGGUUUAUGGCUGGAUCUUUCAUCUUCGGCGUCUUCUCUGAUUGGUUUGGGCGUAAAAAGGCGCUGAUGGUGUCGAUGGUCAUAUGGUUUCUGGGCGCGUUGGCAACGCCCUUCACGAGCGCACCGUGGAAUUACUACAUCGUUCGGUUCGUAACCGGCACGGGACAACUGGGCCGUUGGGUCUCCGGCUACGUUUUAUUGAAUGAGUUCGUGGGGGCCGAAUGGCGCAUCGUUGCCGGGGUUCUCAUCGGCGUCACCUAUUCAUUUGGCUACAUGACGGUGGCCCUCGUUGCCAUGGCAAUACGAAGUUGGCGCGCGUUGGCAUUCAUCCCAAUCAUUCCACUUUUCCUUAGUCUGUUUGCGGUGAUACCCCUGACCGAGUCCUCUCGCUGGCUCUUGACCAAGGGUCGAGUCCGUGAGGCCGAGGAAGUCAUCCGGAAGGUCGGCAGAUGGAACAAGAAGGAUCAGAAGCUCCCUGAUGUCAUCUUCGACGAGAAGGAAGUACACGAUUUCAAGGAAGUCUCUAAAGGACACGUGCCCUCAUUCUAUGAUCUGUACCUGACCCCCAAUAUGUGUUUCAGGACGAUCAUCUUGCAGUACAACUGGAUGACGAACAGCAUGGUGUACUACGGUCUAGCGUUCAGCACGCAGGAAUUGGGAUUCGACACGUACUGGACUUUCUUCCUCUUCGGGGCUGUUGAGAUUCCAGCUUUGAUUUACGCCACCAUCGGCGUUCGUGUCAUCGGUCGCAAGAUCAACAUGAUAGGACUUGAGCUGAUCGGGGGCGUGGCCUGUCUGGCAACCAUCUUCCUAGAAGACCCAAUCGCCCGAACUGUGGUAGCUAUGAUCGGCAAGUUCUGCAUCACGGCCUCGUUCAACAUCAUCUACCUGUGGACCAGCGAAAUGUACCCGACGCCGGUCCGGUCCGCUACGGUUGGUCUGUGCUCCGUGACUGCGCGUGUGGGCAGCAUCGUGGCCCCGUUCAUUUUUAACCUGGCCAAGCUGGACAACGUCACCAACGACUUGCAUCUGAUUGUCUUCGGCGCGGCUGCGGUGGUAGCCGGCGUGCUUCUCAUCCCACUACCAGAAACCAAAGGCAGGGAUCUGCCGGAUACCAUGCGAGAAGGGGAGGAGUUUGGCAAAUUGAACUUCAUGAAGAGAUGGCGUUGGGGCCGCGAUCGUUACGAAGACACCGAAGCCUUAAACGUAGAUUUAAAUAUGGAUGUGUACGGACGCGAAGUGCUCAACCCAGCCUACGUGCCGGAUAAGGAUGACUACGCGUACACCGCCAGGUCACCGCCGCCUUACGAGGCCGUGAACGAGAAGGGUAGCCAGUUUCCGGAGAAACCCAGACAGAAGCGAGAGAAGAAGGAUCAGGUCGUGGGGGAGAACGGUCCCCAGCCCGGGGUGGAGGUGCUGGUUGGCACCGCUGCCGUUCAAGGGUCGUUACCGGAAAAAUUGGGGGAAAGUGAGAGCUUUCCACAGGUGGAGGAAAAAGGGAUCGCAGAUGGGGUGGUGCCCGGGAGUGAGGCCUCGCAGGGUGGGGGUGACACACCCAGUGGGGAAGGGGGUGAAACGGGGGACGGGAAUGAUCGUAGUGGUCUGUUGGCCGGUGGGAGUGGCGAUAGAGCGAGUGCAAGUAGUGAUGAUGAUGAUGGUGAUAAGGCUAGUGAUGGUGGUGAGAAAGCAAGUGAUCACGGUGGUAGUGAUACUAAGGGUGGUGAAAGUGGUGAAAGUAAUGAGAUUGGUGAUGAUGUUGAAAGAGGAGAUGGUGAUAGUAGUACUGGUAGUAAUAAGGUAACUGAUGGUGGUGAUAAGGCUGUUGAUAGUGAUGAAAAGGGGGGUGAUAGUGAUGUUGGCGCUUCCGGUGGUGAUGGUGAUAAGGCUAGCGAUGGUGGUGAUAAAACUAGUGAUGGUGGUGAUAAAACUAGUGUCGGUGAUGAUAAACAUGUUGACGGUGGUGAUAGGGCUGAUUCCAGUGAUUAUGAUGGUGAUAAAUCUAGUGGUGGUGAUAAAGCAAGAGUUGAAGCGUCUGGUAUUGAUAAUGGUGAUAAAAGUGGUGAGAGUGAUGAUAAGGGCGAAUCAAGUGGUGAGAGAGAUACCAGUGAUCACAAUGCUGAUGAUGCUGAUGGAGAUAAUAGUGAUGGGCGCUCCGACAGUGAUGACAAAGACGACGAAGGUGGUGAUAAAGCUAGUAGCCACAGUGGUGAAGGGGGUCAUGAUGGUGAUGGCGACAGGGCUAGUGGCUCUGGUGCGGAAAGUCACUCUGGAAGCGACACUAGUACAAGUGUGCGGGAGUACGAUAUGGCGGAUAUUGAUAUUGAUAAUGAUGAUAUGUAAACUCACGGUUUUUUGCAUUUCAAUUUAUACAAGCACAAUUUUACCCCACUUUAGAACUAAGACACAAAUCUUACAUAACUUUUAAGUUUCGAAUAUUUAAGGAAAAAGGAAGAAUCUGUUGCUGUUUCAUAAAUAUUUAAAUGAUAGCAUUAUUGGCAUGUAUUAUGCAGUAUUAUUUCUUGAAAACAGUUGCUUGAAACUUUUGUCGCUUUCGGCCACUUGGUUUAAUAUUUUGGUAACUAGAGUUUGUGAUAUUAAAAUCGUUUGUUGAAGUUUUGAGUGCGCCGUGAAAAGUGGUAUAGGCCUGGUGAUGUUGAGGGGGUGAUUUCGGAAAGUGGUAUGGGCGUCG